AUGCCUACACUUAGCGAGGUCAGUUACUCGCGCCAGGACUGCAUCGCAGCAUUCCGUGACUACUUCCAUUUCCUUACCACAAUGUAUCUCGCAGAAGAUGCUAUCCUUGAGCCGCCAGAAGGGGGCUGGCCGUCAGUCACCAAUGAAGCCAUGCGCGCUGUGGGCAAGAACGAGGAAGUUGCUUCGCUGCUCCGCUAUCUGCCUUACGUAGCUACCACUAGUGCGGGCGAAUCCGCAGCUCAAGUUAUGCCGUACCUCUACUUUGCUGAUUGGCCGGAGGACUGUGCUCAGAUCAACUCUGGUCGAUUGACGGGCGAAGCCGCGAGGGAAACAUCUGAGUCGUAUCUUGAUGCAGAGAGGGUGCCCCCUCACGUCGUCAGUCUCACGAGUGGUGGGCGGCAUAAUACUGCCAUCCUCCUUGAUACCAAGCUCGGCAUUAUACUCUGGCCCGAAUGCCCUGUGGAGAUACGGUGUCACGCCUUCCGGGAUGAAAUCCAGGAUGAUGCAUAUGACUACGCGCCUGAAAAUGAAGCGGAUUGGCGUGGUGGUGGUAGCUGGGCAAUUACAGACUUCUUCGAGGUUCUUAAAAACGAGUUUCGCCAGCUAUAUUUCGUUCCGCUUAAUUCGCGUACUCUAUAUGAUACCUAUAUCCAGCUCAUUGGCGACUUAAAAGAUAUAAUUCCGAUGCUACAGGAGAUGUAUCGAAAGCAUGGCUGGCCUAAUAUGGAGCUUUACAAUAAGCGGAAGUGUCUGGCAGCGGUGCUGGCGGUGUUGGAGGACAAAUAUCCCGAUUACGCAGAUAGGUAA